AUGAGUCUACGGCAAGUGUCCACUUUUCGUAACCACCACUACCACCAGCCGCUACCUGUUGAGUCUGGCCAACGCCACCGUCGGCGACGUUUCGGGCUCCAAAGUGCGGCGCACCUCAUAUGGCGCCAUUCCAAAUGUUUAAUCCUCCGAUGUCUGGUCGGAAAAGAACUGAAAAACAGACCGAUCUUCAUCCGGGGGAAAGACGACAAGGAUGUUCACGAAAGUCUUCUCUUCUCUUCCACCCCUCCCUCUCUCUUCACUUCACUUCUCUCUCUUCCUCUUCUCUCUCUUCCCCCUCUCUCUUCUCUUCCCUCCUCUUCUCUCUCUCUCUCUUCUGUUCUCUCUCUUUUUUCUCUGCUCUUCUUCUUCUCUCUCUUCUCUUCUAUGUCUCUUCUUGUCUCUACUCUUUUAUCUCUAUCUUCUCUUCUCUCUCUCCUUGUCUCUGUUUCUCUCUUCUCUUCUCUUGUGAUGGUAAAAUUUAAAAUUAAUGUUUCUCCCCAUUCUUCCUCUUUAUUCCAUGUUCCUCUCACCAGACAUCUUUGCUCGGUUGGAACGUUUUCCUCUCUAUGCAAAUGUCCUCUCCGUUUUCUUAACUAUUCGUCGACUUUUUUUUUCUUGCUAUUUCUUCCAUUUUAUCUUCGUUUCUUUCUAAUUUUUUCCCACUCGUUUCCUGUUUAUUGCUCUCGCAUGUCUUUCUGUGGACCCCGACCCAACCUAGUCACUGACCUACCUUUCCCACCAACCCUCGUUCCCACUCGCAUCACACUCCCCGCCCUUGACGGCUAA